GAGGAAGUUUAACAUCGUUGGAGGCAGGCUUGGAGCUGCAGGAGCCGUCCCGUUUGCUUGUCUUUUCUUUCCAGUUGCAAGAUUUUCCUCCCUUUUCCAGCUUAUCAAAAUUCCUUUUGAGCACUCAAUCCGGUAUCACAUUUGGAUUGGGCAUAUUAUGAUGGUUAUAUGGUCAGCUCACAGUAUCGUGUAUGUCAUGUAUUGGCCAAUUGCUCACAAAUCCAAAGAGUUUAUUUUGUGGGAGAAGACGAGCAUUGCUGGUUUUACUGGCAUGUUUGCAUGGAUUGUUGGACUGCUUAUUUGGGUCACGUCACUCAAUCCUGUUCGCAAGCAGAGAUUUGAGCUCUUUUAUUAUACCCAUCAGCUCUACAUUUUGUUUGUGAUUGGAUUCGUUUUUCAUGUGGGAGAGAAAUGGCUUGCCAUGAUGGUUGCAGGGAUUUUUCUCUUCACCAUCGAUAGACUAUUCAGGUUCUUACAAUCCAGAAGGCAUGUUGAGGUGGUAUCAGCGAGGAUGAUCUCUAGUGAGACCAUAGAGCUCACGUUUGCAAAACUCCCAAAUAUGAAUUAUCCCGCAGCAAGUGUGAUUUUUGUGAACCUCCCUGCAAUUUCGGGUCUCCAGUGGCAUCCAUUUACAGUCACCUCCUGCUCUGGAGUCGAGCUUGACAAGCUCUCGAUUUUAGUGAAGUGCAGUGGAAAAUGGACAUACAAGCUCAGGGAGCUGAUCGUCCAAGAGGGUUACAAAGGCAUUUCCAACGAGAAUCCAAGUCCAUCUCAUUUUGAAGCUGUGAUCGAAGGUCCCCACGGGCAUAACAUUGACUAUUUGCAUAUAUAUAAGACGUACUUAUUCGUUGCUGGGGGAAGUGGAAUAGCUCCUUUUCUAUCGAUUAUCAAGGAUCUCCUCCACAAGGUCCAAACAAAGCAGCGCACUCCACCGGAGAAGAUUGUUCUUGUGUGGGCGGUGAGGAAGUUGGAUGAGCUUGACAUCCUCAAAACAAUAUCACUCGAGUCAAUAUGCCCAGACUUCAUACAAACUCUUCAAAUCGAUAUUCAAGCUUAUGUUACUCGCCAAGAUAUAGAAGGAGAGAAGCAACAAGCCCGGGAAAAUGGGGUGUACAAUGAAAAGCUGGACAUUGUCAGGUUUGCUGGAAGAGCAACAACAACAUCAGUGUAUGCCGAGCCUUCUCCAACACGAGACAUCAGUAAGAUCAAGAAGCAAGUUAGAGGAAUCUCGAGAACUCAAGGCUACAAACUAUAUGCUGCAACGAUCUUGGCGUCUUUCCUCGGUUACAUGCUCCUUGCGGGAGUUAUUCAUCGCUAUUACAUCUUUCCACAAGAUCACAAUACUUACAAAGCUUUCUCAAGAGCAGGGAGGGGCUUCAUCUCGCUCAUGGAAUACAUUGCUGGAGUUGUGUUCUUUGGUGGAGCAACGAUUCUCGCUUGGAACUGUUGGAAAGGAAAAGACUUGCACCUUGUAGAUGCGCCAUAUGUGGGUUCCAUUUCAGCUGAAGUUGGCCUCAAGCCAACCAGCAUUCAGGUUGGAAAGCGUCCGGAGUUUCAAGACAUUAUUCCGGAGCAUUCAAAAGGAAGGAAGGAGUAUGUGGGAGUGUUUGCGUGUGGACCUGAGGGAAUGCAAGAAAGUGUGGGAGUACUUUGUCAAGCUCACAAGCUCAACUUUCAUCCUCUUAACUUUGAACUGUAACGUGUGUUUCUGGGCUUGGAAGAUUUUAUUACUUUUGAAAACAAUGUUCUCUACACUAUAAUAUGGUAUCAGCAUAAUUUGAAGUUAAAGUUUCUACUUAUUAAUAUACUUUACAAGCUUAGUAAAAAA